GUAUCUCCUUGAAGUGGCGCGUUCUACACAUUAGUGUCGGAUUUAGGUUUUUUGUUGGUUGUGGUCAAAUCUCGUAGAUCCCAUAAACUAUUUGAGACUAUAUAGUUUAUAUUGUGUCGGCACAUAUCCAUGUAACAGUAAAGAAUAUAAUUGGAUCUUAGAUAUUUUGAUCUCGCACUUCAUUACUCAUAACAGAUGAUCAGUGUUGCAUAACAUUAUUUUCACGUACUCCUUUCAACAUUCAAAUGCUAUGCUAUAUAUCUCUAGAAAAACCGUAUUACAACAAAAAGUACAAGUUGUUCAGUUAAAAUAAACUAUCCAAAGGAACAGGAAUUAGUUUCUGACUAAGCAGAGUUACCCAAUCCCACUAUUUUUCUAUAACUUUGUCAUCAAUGGCAGUCUGGAAACGCCUCAGAAGGAAGUACAUAAUAGAGGUGGUGACGAUGGUGAUGUGAAUCUCCUAUCUUCAUAAAAUUUUCUGUCAUCGGUAUGUUUGUGUAAAUGAGAUAUGAAGUGCUCUUUGUUCUGCCUACAUUAGCAAAAUAACCACAAAAUUUGGAGAUCAGUUGUUUAUUGGAUGAUUAUGUCUGUCUUCGCAAAUCAUGAUGCCAUUCAUAUGAAUCCUGGAGUCUCAGACGAAUCCGUUUUAUAUACACAUUCGUAUUUAAUUCCUCCACUAAACCAACUGGAAAAUGAUAUUCUUAAGUCAGAUCCAGAUAUUCUUACAUGUGUACAGUCUAAUAGGUCUCAUUCACCUAGUCAGCAAAUAUAUGAUAUGCUUGAUAGUACAGUUCUUUCUGAUAAUCCAAUCCAAACCAUAACUAAUUCCUCAUGCAAAUCUCAAAUCUCAAUAAAAUCUAGUUCUUGCGACACAAGUAACGCCAAUUUAAAUGUCGAUAUAAAACCCUCUUUCAUUUACACUGACCAUCCUCAAAUAAUUAAUCAAUCCUUCUUAACAGAUCUUCACAAUCAUACUAAUAUUCGUACGGUUACUUCGGAUACCAACCUUAAUCUUUGUCCCAUAGCUGAUUCAAUUAACAGUACUCAUCUUCAGGAAUUUGUUUAUAACACACCUCAAAAAUUUCCUCAUAUGUUACCUCCCGAUACUCACCAACACACUGUGUACCCUGAUAAUGUAGUAUCAGAACCAUUCACUAGUCUGCUUGCUUCUGGGAGUUCAAACGAAACCUCCACAUCUUAUUUACCCCAAGUUACAAAAGUUGAGACUAAUUCUCUUACUGUUUCUCAGUCUCCAACGUUGUUGUUUGUCGAUCCUAACAAGACAAAACCUGAGAGUAGAGGAUGUUUCCUUGAACAAAUUCCUUCCGAAUUGGCUAGCCAGUCUUCAUCAGCUACUUCUGUAAAUACAACUAAUUUGAAUCCAAUUUGUGUAAUUUGUGGUGAUAAAGCCAGUGGCAAACAUUAUGGUGUAAUUUCAUGCGAAGGAUGUAAGGGGUUUUUUAAACGAACAGUGCGUAAACAAUUAGUAUAUGUUUGUCGGGAAUCAGGUCAAUGUCCUGUAGACAGACGGAAGCGUACACGUUGUCAGCAUUGCCGUUUUGAGCAGUGCUUAGCAAAGGGAAUGAAGAAGGAAGCUGUUCAAGAAGAGCGUCAUCGCCAACCAUCAUCAAAUCCAGUGCCUUCAAUUCCUAAGCCGCCAAAGAGUGAAAAGAAAGGUCCUGGGCGUCGUUCAGCAUUUAGUAACAAAUCUGCUGACUCAGUUGUUACUGAUCAACAUCCGAACAUUAAUCAUGAUUCACCACCUAGUAUUUCUACGACCGUUACAGCUACUGACUGCGUACAAUCUAAUCUAGUUAAAUCAGAAAGUUCAACUACCUGUAUUCAAUCUAAUGAUGUAUUGCUAUCCGACGAAACAGAUCUACCCAAUUUAACAUUACGAUGUUUACUUUCUGCUGAAUUAAGCAUGGAUCCUAAAUUGGCUGUAUCAGAAAGAGGUGAAGCAAUUUAUGAAGAUAUACCUGGUGAUGAUGAUACUGGUUUACAUCCAUUGACCAUAAUCUGUCAGUCUAUAGAACAACAAUUACCUCGAAUAGUUAAUUGGGCUCGUCAGUUACCAGUAUUUUCAUCUGCCUAUCUUAGUUUUGAUGAUCAGUUCUGUUUAAUAAAAGCUGCUUGGCCUGAAUUAGUUCUAAUCAGCUCAGCAUAUCAUUCAACUGUUAUUAGAGACGGUCUACUUUUAUCAAUUGGACGUCAUCUUGGUAGAGAAGUGGCUAAAUCACAUGGUCUAGGCCCUCUUGUUGAUAGAAUUCUUCAUGAACUUGUUGCACGUUUUCGUGAUUUAUCGUUACAAAGAACUGAAUUAGCUUUACUACGUGCUAUUAUUCUUUUUAAUCCUGAUGCUAAUGGCUUAUCAUCACGUCAUCGCGUAGAAGCUGUCAGGGAGCAGCUUUAUUCAGCUCUUCAUUCGUAUUGUACGACUAAUCAACCCCAAGAUACUUCCCGUUUCACAAAAUUACUACUAAGAUUACCUCCUUUACGAUCCAUCGCAUACAAGUGCCUUGAACAUUUGGUAUUUGUCAAAUUAGCAGCUGAAGACCCAACAAGUUGUCGUUUGAUCAAUCUUGUUGAACAUGGUGUUUGGCCUAUACAAGAGAAAAGUUUUGAACUUGCCACUUUACCAUCCGAUAGUGCAUCUACAGACUCAGUGCCAAGUCAAAUUACUAUGGUCCCUACUCCUCAGUACAUUCAACAUCAAGAUGAUAAUUCACUACCAACCAGUAGUCAUACUGAUCUCUCCUACACACACACAUUGCCAAAUUUCCAUACAGUUCAGAAUUAUCCGUUUUGAAAAUACAACUAUUAAAGACGAGGAGUCAACAGCUUGUAGGAAUUUUCUUGAGCUCUCACAAUGAUAUAUAUCAGAUCUCAUGUCAUGCUUAUCAACUACUGCCUCAUCAUCACUAUACAUGAUUAUUAUUUUCUAUUGAAUGAUUUUUCGAUCAGUUGUUUUUUCUACUCUUUUCGUUCUCUUUUUGUAGUCAGUUUAGGAAAUGAAAUAUUUCCAUUCUUUAAAUUUAUGUGUAUGUAUAUUUUGCAACUAAAAAGGUAGUUACGUAGAUAAAUGAGUGUUUCUCACUACUCACAUAACAACUAUGAAUUCCAUUCAUGGCUUUUUAUUCUUUACCUGAAACCUGUUGCUCACUAUGAGAAAAAAGUUUGCUUGUUAUUUUUUUUCUAAUACUAAAGAUUGUUAGUUCAUGAUUGUUGAUUUUGUAUAGUUCUCAUAGGUUUGUAUAUAUAUAUAUGUAUAUUUUUUUAAAGAGUUGUUUUAACGCAAGCUUUCUCCUUAUUUUUAAUCCGAACACCAGUCGUAUGGGCGUAUAAUUGAUAAUAUGUUUCUGGUUGAUAACAAUAGUAAUUCACCAGGCACUCAGGUAUGAACAUCACUCGCAAUGUGAUGGCUAAUGACACUACCACGUUAUCCAAACUGUAGUGGAGCGAGGAGAGAACCUUGGAUUUAGUGGUUGAAAGUCCAACCCAUUAAUCACUUAAUCAAUGGGUUGCUAUAUAUAGGAUAGUAUAGAAGCAAAAGUAAUAAACUGUGACCCACGCAUUUCAUAAACUUUAUUGUUGCUAAGUCUAUAUAAUAAUAUACAGUUACAUAAAAAAAAUAAAGAAUUACGUGAAAAAUCCUGGAGAUCUUUAAUUACUCUGGAAUUCAACCAAAUGCAAAGACGCUUAUAUGUUAUUGCUUAAAUCUAAUUGAUUACGUGAAUUACUAUAAUACUGAAAUACUAAAAAAUAUCAAUUAAAGAGUUUAUGUUGUUGAGGAGCUUCCAAUUUAUUUAAAGGAACAAUUCUUGAGUUACUUUGUGUGUCUGAAUGUACAAUAGGUUCUAGAUAAUGGAACUUUGAGCCUCAGGAUUAUUCAUGUAACGUCAUCAACUUUACAUUUGCAGUUGAGAGAGAUGGGCUUUUGCUGGCUUCCCACUUUCAUGUGGUCUUUAAUUUUUCUAUAUCUAUCAGUAGACUUUUGUAAAUAGAUGUUAUGUCUCAACGUUUAUCAAUCCUUUCUCGAAAUAAUGGACCUUGUAUUGUUUUUGGUCUAAAGAGCAAUUAAUUUAUAACUAACUAUGAUUUUAAUGAUCACAAAUAUCUAAAAAAAGUUGUUUUGUAAGUUUCAGCUGGUUAAUGCAGUUAAACCUUUUGAUCUGAAGUGUAGUUAUGUUAGUUUUCUAACUCUAUAUCAUUUGUAAUUUGUCUCAAAAUAUCAAUUCGCAUAUAAAACUAUUCCAUUUAAAUAUGGCAUACUAGAUCUUUUAAAAAGCAAUAAUUCCAUUGGACGGUACUAAUAUGGUGAAUAUGAACGCAGUCUGGGACAACCAAACGUACUUCAGUACAAAAUUACAGUUCUUUGGUAAAACGUGAAAACCACACUUUCGAUACUUCCUCUGCAAAAACUCCAUCAAUUGUUUUAACUUCUACUGUUCCUUCAUUUGCAUAAGGAUUACUAUCUGUUCCCGUUCUCAUUGAUCCGUCUUCCCAACUUUCUACUACCAGGCCUCCCAUUUCUGAUUGGUGCUAUAUACUACUCAUGUCUGUCUAUGUCAGUAGCACACACCACACUAACAAUCCUAAAUUUAUACGCUGUAAUCUUAAAUGAUGUAUUUACCUUGAAUAUGCUCUCAGGAAUAUUAAUUUGAAUUUAUAAUUGCAGACCGUAAUGAUGAUUUCUUAUUUUUAAAAAAUACUCUUCGUUCAGUUCAUGUAUUUUUGCUUGAAUUUGAGAAAGCCUUCUGUCGUAUUACGAAUUAUAAAAUUUCAUUUAUUUAAUUUUACUCAGUCUACUUUAUUACAUAAUUUGUUAUAGAAAAUCGGGCCUCAGUCUUUCUAUUCAUUGUUCAAUAGCAAAAUAAAGCUUUCUU